AUGACCGAGGAGAGGAUUCUGUUUUUGGACAGUAAGAAAGAGCUAGAGUUCAAGCUUGCUACCUCUGAAAGUUCUUCUUCUGAGCUCUCUUCUCAAGUGGAGAAGAUGGUAGAGGAGAACAAGGCAUUUUCCCUUAAAUUUUUUGAUCUCUCCACUGCUUUGAACAAGAAAAAGUCUAAGCUCUCCGAUGUCUUGAAAGAGAAAGUGUCCGAGCUUGCUAAUGCUAUCAAAGCUGCUACUAGUGUAGCUAAUUACAAUCUGGAGUAUUAUGACAGUGGUUUUGAGGACUUCAAGGCUCAAGUCGCUCAUGCAUUCCCGGAGCUUGAUUUCUCUAAAAUCCUAUCCAAGGACGAUCCUCCCUUGGCUAAUUAG